ACGGGUACUCCACUCGAGUAUGUCACUUCUGCCAACUUCCGCCACUUUGCUUGUUUUCAACCAAUGUCCUGUCCAUCACUCUGGUAUCGCGGCGAGGACAACCACCUCGUAGUGCUGUGACGACAUCCUGACAUCGAUGGUGCUUUCUUUACGGUACUCUACAAUGUUCGAGUACCGAUGGGCGAGAGCUCCCCAGAACGGAGGUUCUGUAGGAAGAAGAUAAAUCUAUAAAAAUGGGUCCUUGACCCCCAAUCGACAGACAUUUCCUCAUCACCAAUACACUCAAGCAUUCGAGCAAUCACAAAUCCUUUAGACUUUUAACUUUUCAAAGCAAACAAUCGUCAAUCAUCAUGUCUGAUUUCGGAAGAAAGUCUUUCACCGACCAGGCUACCGACAAGAUAACCCCAGAGUCCCAAAAGCCAACCACUCAGAAGCUGGGAGACACUGCCUCAGGUGCCUACGAUAGAACCACUGGUGCCGUUCAGCCCGAUUCGCAGAAGUCCACUACCCAGAAGGCCACCGACAGCUUGCGCUCGGGCUCUGAUGAUGCCUCAAGCCGGUCCAAGGGAGUAGCUCAGUCGGCCACUGACACUGCCGACUCUGCUGCCCGGGGCGUGAAGGACACCAUCGGUUCUGUUACUGGCAACAAAUAAAUUGGAAAGGGGUUUUGUUUGGAAGAAUUAUCUUCCUCGUGUUGGUGCUGGACUGAUGGGCGGACUAUCUUAUGCUAUACAUAGUCAUUAACAGUGUUCCCGGUGAAAGUAAUCGAACAUUUGUUUCAUUGUAAA